GCAGGUACUUGUGGUGUAGUCGCUCAUUCACACCCUGGCUUUGGAGUGAGCCGCACACUCACACAGACACGCACACUCACACAGACACGCACACUCAGAAACACACUGCACCGAGCAAGGGAUCCUAAGGAACCGCUGAAGAACCCAGUCGCGUAGGUGGGACAGAUCGACAAAGCCGCCAAGAUGUGUGACAUGGGGGGAUUGGAUAACCUUGUGGCCAACACGGCCUACCUGAAAGCCCAGGGUGGCGACGACAAGGAGAUGAAAAAGCGUCGCCGAAGUCUGUCACUACCUAAGGCCGAGCUGUGUGUCGCCAUCAGGGAAACUGUGGAUAAGAACUUUGAGUCGCUCUGCGAGAGGCAGCCGAUCGGCAAGAAGUUUUUCCGGCAGUUCCUGGCUGCUACCCCAGAGUACAUCAAUGCCGCUGAGUUCCUGGAUGAGCUGAAUGACUGGGAUCUGGCGGAAGGCGCUGACAAGGACAAGCAGAGGACAAACAUGAUAAACAAGUUCUGCAAGGACGCCUCCAAGAACUUCCUGACCUACCUCACUGCGGAGAUAGCCGACAAGUGCAAGGCAGUGACGGACAAUGACUUUGAUGAAGUGAUCAAUGUUAAGGUGAAGGAAGCCACACGGGAGUUUCUGAAAGGCAAACCCUUCACGGAUUACCAAACUAGCCCCUUCUUUGACAAAUUUCUGCAGUGGAAGGAGUACGAGAAGCAGCCCAUCAGUGAUAAAACCUUCUACGAGUUCAGAACUCUGGGCAAGGGAGGUUUCGGAGAGGUAUGUGCCGUACAGGUGAAAAACUCAGGCCAGAUGUACGCCUCCAAGAAACUGUGCAAGAAACGCCUGAAGAAGAAACAUGGUGAGAAGAUGGCCCUGCUGGAGAAGCAGAUCCUGGAAAAGGUCAACAGCCUGUUCCUUGUCAACCUGGCCUACGCCUACGACACCAAGACCCACCUGUGCCUUGUCAUGACUCUGAUGAACGGCGGUGACCUCAGGUACCACAUCUAUUACGUCAGUGAGAAGACCAAGGGUAUCGAGAUGCCACGUAUCAUCUACUACACAGCACAGAUCUGCACAGGCAUCCUUCAUCUGCAUGAAAUGGAUAUCAUAUACCGUGACAUGAAGCCAGAGAACGUGCUGCUGGACAGCUUUGGCCAGUGCCGACUCUCUGAUCUGGGUUUGGCCGUGGAGCUGCCCGCCGGAAAGACCAUCUCCCAGAAGGCUGGAACCGGAGCAUACAUGGCCCCUGAGAUCCUACAGGAUGUUCCCUAUAGGACGUCCGUGGACUGGUGGGCCCUGGGCUGCAGCAUCUACGAGAUGGUGGCCGCCUACACCCCUUUCAAGGGUCCCGAAUCCGGGAAGCAGAAGGUGGAGAAGGAGGAGGUGCAGCGUCGCAUCAUCAAUGAUGAACCCCCAUGGGAGCACAAGAACUUUGACGCGCCCACCAAGGCCAUCAUCCAGGAGUUCCUUAAGAAGAAGACUGAUGAACGCCUGGGCUGCAAGGGAGGAGGCGAGGAUCCCCGAAAACACGAGUGGUUCAAGGCCAUCAACUUCCCUCGUCUGGAGGCUGGUCUGAUCGACCCACCUUGGGUGCCCAAGCCCAACGUGGUGUACGCCAAGGACACUGGCGACAUUGCUGAGUUCUCUGAGAUCAAGGGCAUUGUGUUCGAUGCCAACGAUGAGAAGUUCUUCAAGGAGAUUGGCACGGGAGCCGUGGCCAUUCCAUGGCAACAGGAGAUGAUAGAAACGGGACUGUUUGACGAGCUCAAUGACCCCAACAGGAAAGAGUCCGCUGGGGGGGGUGACGACGAGGGAAAGUCUGGCACGUGCACACUGCUGUGAGCAACCAAAGUUGGCACAUAUAUACACAAGUGUGUCACCAACACAUCAACUGAUUCGCUCAUGUUCUGUAAAAUUACAACAAAAAAUUACACACACAAAUUAUUUUACAAGGGAGGAGAGCAGCAGGAGAGAGAGAGAUGAGGUAUCCUUCCCUGGAACGGGUUGGUUGCCAUUGAUUUUAGUAGCCAAAUGUGGCUUUACCAAGAUUGGUAUUGUCUCUUCAGAUUGCACCUACUCCCAGAUGUUUCACAUGAUGUAGUAGUGCCCCCCUGGUCAACACGGAGUAAGAGUAAAAGAGUAAAAUACAACAAAUUCAUAUUGUGGAUACAAAAAUAUUAUAUGAUUAAUGGAUAAAUACAGGCCUCUGGUUGCAUACAACCUGCACCAGAAAUAUUAGCAUAUGCAGACAGCAGUGCUAGCUCUCAAACCUAGGCAUUGGCCAUAAUGGAGCAUGAUAUGCUGAAUUAAUUAGUUCAGGAAUAUGGUUGGGAUCUCGUUCUUGAUUGUGGUGCAUGAAUUUAAUUUGAUACGGCUACGUUUUUUUUCUCGCUCCCCCCACCCCCCUACAUUCCUUUUGCCUCUCUAAAGGCAGAGGUGAUAACUUUUUUGGGACACUUCACCUAUAUUACAAAUUUCACCUGGAAGCAAUCAAUAGCAAAUAAAUUAUGAUUUCUACCAACAGAAAUGAUUUCAAAUUAAAUGUGGUGGAGGUAACAUUUACUUACCUACAGUGACUCUUCACCUUUAAACCCAGUGAAGUCAAUCACUACAUUUCCAAGCAAGUGGACUUCACAGUCCAGCAUCUAGUUUUAUUUUAAAACGGUAUUGUAUAUGAAUAUAAAUAUGUAUAUUUAUGCACUGAGAGGGGAGAAAUCCACAGAUUAGGUGCUAGUCAGAACUGGAAGAAUGCUCAACUCUUGUGUUUAGGAAGGUUCUAUGCCCUGGUUUGUCAGGAGAGAGGAAUGUAGCGAAAAGACCGUUGGACUCUAUAUUCGAAAGUUGAACAUUUAGAGGAGUUGUGUUCUUGUACCAGCCCCCCCAAAAUGUGAAUUUUUAGGGCUUUCUUCCUCCCUGAGAUAUGUGUGCGCACCUUUAACUAGAAAAUUGCUUCCAUUGAUGUGAUUUGUCUGAAGUUUGAGAUAUAUGUACAAAUCUCAAGUUAGAAUCUAGUUAGCUAGCUAGCCUUCAAAACCUUUAACAACAAAAAAAUCACAUUUCCCUUUUGUCUUGUCUCAAGACUUAUUUCAUAUAACUUUAAAUUGACAAACUUUCCAGAUCUUGACCAGUAUUAUGUUUUUACAGUAAAUAUGUUAAUUAUACUCUGAAUAUAAAUAUACUUGUAAAUAUAAUAUGAGAGAAAAACAUUACAUAUGCUACUGUAGGAAUGUCAGACAUUUAUCAGGGACUUGCUUGAAUUUUGAAUUAUUUGAAUAAAAAAAAGAUAUGUCUUUUA